GAAAAGGCAAAAUUCCGGUUCCCCCAGAGCGGAUAACCAAGAAGAACCGACCAGCGAAUGUUUUAAUUGCCAGAUUCGGUUGAUUUCUUAGUUCUUCGGUCUGGGGGAAGCAAAAUUCUAUCUUUCGGCAGAAACUUAUAGAAAUCUGUCGGAAACUUUUUUCAGAUUCCAAGAACUACGACGUGUGUCGAAUAUUCCUUACCGGUGCGGUCAACUGUGCUGAGCGGUUCAACAAAAUGGUGAAUGCUUUUCAUUGCGCUUUUCAGAUAAGGCUCCCUUGACUGAAGAUCACUUAAGUGCAGUCUGUUCUGCCAACUCCGGUCGCUUCCGACAUCCAAGUAGAACGAACCGGUGCCAAGAUUGCGGCAGCUUGAUCAUGUAGACCAGUGAUUAAAGGGACACCAAGCACGCGAUCCAUCUGGACAAAACAAGCCGGAAACGUCCGUGAGGAACUUGGCGACCAUGGUGCAAUCUCUUGCUUACGUCCAUCGGCAUCGACGAGAGGCUUUGUAAAGGAGAUGGUCAUCGUGCACGGCAAGGUCUGCGACGUUUUAAAACCAACCCAUCCCGAUGUUGCCAUCGAUUUGCAAACGAAGUUCGUGAAGAUUGACGUGUUCCCUUUUUACCAGAUGUGCCCGAAUCGAACCAUCCGCUACAAGCCCAACUUCAGCAGGACUCUGGAGGAGAUGCGAGCGUCGUACCAGCCCCAAGGAAGAUCACAACGCUCUCAAGUGCUUGUUGGACAUAAUGAUCACAAAGAUCCUGAUGCGCCCGUUAAAGAUCCCAAUCGGGAACUACAUCCCGGAACACAAACAAGGGAUAAAAUGGCCACCGGCAUGACGCUCUAUGAUCUGUACGCGUGCAAUGCGCUGGCGUGUUUCGCGCCGCAGGAACAGUCCGAGUACGACAAGCUGAAGGCGGACCAGGGCGAGACCCAGGUUCACGUCGUGGUCGAUCCGCUGCAGGGGAACAAUCUGCGGCCACAUCAGCGAGGGCGUGCGGUUUAUGUACGAGUGCGUCACUGGCAAGCAGGGCAACUCCAUCGAGCACAUGGAGUAGGAGGGUACAAAAAUUUGCUAAAAAUGCACAGAUUAAGCUCGAGGAUUGUAAAUUUCGUCCUUCACGUCCGAUGGUGAAGUUUGCUAACCAUCAAAGAUGCAGCAUUUUAAAUUAUAUGGAAUGUUGUGAAAUAUUUGUAUAAAAAUCUAUAUAUAAUAUGAUGAAA